GACUUCCGUUUCCGAAUCUACACUCUCGGCGCAGGGGUCCAGUAUUGUAGAUUCCGUGAGGAGUAUUGUCCAUCCUGCAAGUGCUACUUCGUCGGCAAUUGGAUGUACAAGAAGAAUGCGGGCAUCGGCGGUCGCGCAAACUUCGGCAAGAUGUCUGGCAUCACCGCCGUGUCCACGAAGGCGGCCUUGCCGUACGUCGUGGUGGCCCGGGAGAAAGCGUGGUACGCGGUGGACCUGCAGCUGUUGCAGUUCAUAACUGAUGAUUUGCAACACAGCGGAGGCACGUUCACAUCUGCCAUCCACGUGUGGGCCAAGCAGCACCCAGGGCGCGAGCAGCAAAACCUCAUCCUGGGCGACUUCAUGACGCAGACAGACAACACGCGCGUGCGUCUGGAGGACGCCUGGUACAUGCACAAUGCAAUUCGUCUGGCAGGAGCCAACGCUGAGAGUAUUGAGUGGUCUUUCACGGAGAGCGGAAUAGAGCGCGCCCUUACGAAUAUUGCGGCAUGCGUGCGAAGGGCGCACCUGGCGCGCAUCGCGGAGCACGUGCGGACGUGCCCGAAAUGCGUUGACAAGCUCGUGGUGUUGCUUGAUGGCAAGCACGGCGCCCGCCGAUUCAUCUGCGGCGGCUUGGAGGGCUAUGAACCCAUGGAGGGCCUGGAGUUGGAGUUGUACACUGGCUGCCAACGGAAUGCCCCCACGAAACAAUUCUUUUGCAAGUUCUGCCGCCCGUCCAAGAUAGAGCAAGCGCACUUGAUACCCCAGAAGGAGAUCUUGGGCGUCGCUCCUCCAGGACCGGCCGCUGACGGCGACUCCGCGCUGCGGUACGUGGUGAGCUGCUACGACCCCGAUUUGCCAGAACGCCCCUUCGAGGUGCACUUGCCGCGAGCCGAGGUGGAGAAGGACUUGUUGGCGAAGUUCGAGAAGUCGCUGCUUCGGAGCCGGGGCGAUCACGGCAACAAGAAGUCGCGCCCGGCGUGGAUCAAGGGAAGCCGGCAAUUUGCGCGCUGGCUGAGGAAACAGGCGCCGGCUUGUGAGCCGGCCAGCUCGGUCGCGGCGAGCAAUGGCGCAGGCGCCCGGGGCGGGGCAAAGAAGGCUGCCCAGGCGGUCAGGAGUGGCAAGGGCAAGGCCGCGGGCAUUUCCCGCCGAUCAGGAAGAGGGAGUGCCAGCGGGGCCUUGGCCACGGCACCGAAGCGGUCAGCUCCAGCCAAGUCGAAGAAGCGGCCGGCGGCGGCCGAUGUGAGCAGCAGCGCAAGCAGUGCCCACUCAUUGAGGAGCCGCUGCAAGGGAUGGCUUGCUCUGGACAGCAAGCAGGAGGAAGCUAUCCAGGCGUGCGGCGUUGACAAACUCCACGGGAGCAACAAAGUCAGACGCUGCACUGGAGGCAUCGUGACAGCAGUAACAUCGUGCGGCAUGCUGGUGGACUGGAUGGAGCUCUUCCGGGGCGAGUCCAUCGAGCUGCUAUAUGCGUUCGCGCUGCGGCUUCACAAGGACGGAUGGCGACGCCCGAGCGCGCUGGCGCUGGCAUCGAUCGGGCAGGAUGGCCGCGAGCUGGGCUUCGUCAUUGCGGCCCUGGGGUACGACAAUGCGUGCAAGCUUCUGUCACUUGCCCGGGCGAAGGAAACGCAGUUCCUACCAUGGACGAAGUCUUUCGUGGAGGAAGUGCGGAUGGUGUUGGACAGGUUCCACCGGGACAACCACACUUGGUGUUUGAACAACAUGCCAGAAGUGGACCCCCUGAGGCCAGAUAAUGCCAAGUUGUUGGACAAGAAAAACACGGAGGCAUGUGAGCAGUUGAACUCUUGGAUCAGCGGGAGGACACGGAGUGGCCUCGAGAUGACGCGGGGGCACUUCCAGAUGCACUGGUGGAUCCUUUUUGACGCCCACAACCAAUGGCUCGAGCGAGAAGCGGCAUGCGAGCGCAGGCGUUGCGAGGCGGGGCCCAUGCAGCGCCGGGAGAGUGGGGCACCUCAACGUGCGGGGACUGCUAGUAAGUAG